CUCGUCGCCGGCCAGGAAACAGGGAAGUAACAGCACAAAACAGAAAAAGACAUAUCACGUCUUUAUUCAACUCAGAUCUGCCCUUCCAGCACAUAUCCACGCGUAACACCCCGCGCGCUGCUGGACGGAGUGCGCACAAAGGGAGCACAGAACGCGUACGAGACGCGUUUAGUAGCCAAAAAUAAGGCGCUAACCCGGAUUCGGACUCGGCAAGCUUUUGUUUACACCUGCAAUUCUCUGCCCCUUCCUGCUCUGUUCCGCCUUCCCUUUCUCUUUCCUUUUAUUUUCUCCUUCGCCGGCCCCGCUUCUAUCUUCCUCUCGCAGCGUAGUUCUCUCUCGGACCGCAGUCCUUCCUCUGCUUCGGCCCCUUACCGCUCUGCAUCCUACAGUCAUGGCCACGCCAGCACUGCUUCCGCGUGCUGCAGCCGCUUCAACUUCCUCCUCCUCCUCUUCCUCCUAUGACUGCGACGGCGCAGACAAGGGCAAGGCCGUCUGCGAGAAGCCCGUCGGCUCGCAGGGUCUCGCCAUCGGUCUCGGCGUCGGCAUCCCUGUCGUCGUCAUCUUCCUUCUCAUCUUCAUCAUGAUACGCAUCCGCGCCCGUCGUCUUCGUCGCGAGGACUCCGUCGCCGCGGCUAUCGACCUCAACCACGACGACUUUGACAUCACCCCGCCGCGCACCCGGUCUGGCAACGCUUUCGAAAAGCUCUACCCUGAAUUCCUUGUCCCCGGUUCGUUCGCCGAGUCGCGCGCCUCGCUCGAGUCUCCUUACGAUAUCGCCCGCCUGCCCGACUCUGCCUACACGCGAGCGCGUAGAAGCAACAACGACCCAUUCGCGGCCACCCUUCCUCCCUCGCGUUCGAAGGGCGCCAUCUCUGCUGCCUAUGGCCCGCGGCCCUCGGGCCCUAAGCAGUCUUUGUCGAACUCAGUCGCCCCUUCGUCGACCGAGUCCUACGAAAUGCAGCCCGUCUACAGCAACCGCCAGAUUGCCCUUCCGUCCUCGUCCUCGGGCUACUCCUAUUCCGACCCCGUCAGCCCUCCUGCAGCCCUCUUCACCUCCAAAUCAGGGCAGAAGAACUCGCAUUCGGUGCAGGAAUACGCUCUCGCAGACUCUGACCUCUCCUCUUCGCCACCUGCCCUGACUCAUGACCGGUCCCUGUCUUCGGCCAGCGUCCACUCUGCCGCGUCCUCGAACUUGUCAUCGUCUUCUGUAGGCGCUUCUGACUCUCCAGACACCUCCGUUGACGCCCGUACUGGUGCUGUCUCUCCGUUUGCUGACCCAUCUGGUGAAGAGAGCAUCACAGCUGUUACCAACCGUGCAUCCCUGGCGUCAGUAUCUCUCCGUCGUGAGAGCGAGGCAGCGGAUUCUGUCUCCUUCUAUGCGGCCCAAAGUGAGCUUUCGCAGAGCGAAGUCGAACAGAGCGACAACGACAGCGACUAUGACCAACAGCAGCCUCCUAUUCCCCCUGUGCACGCCACCAGCCCCGCUCGUACCCUGCAGCAGCAGCAGUAUAAGGCGGUGGAAGACAGCGCUCUUCACGUUCCCCAUUCAGAAUCUGACAUCGACCGCUCAAAGUCGCUCUCGAAGCCCGCAGAUGCCGAGGAGCGUGCCCACCGUCUUCGCUCUUUCUAUAAGGACUACUUUGAACAGCCCCAGCAGGCACUCCCCAACUCAUCACCCGCACUUGGCCAUGGCUUCAGCAACACGGUUGACGACUCUGGCAUUGCAUACGACAGCACCGGCCGCAUUGCCACGAGAGCUGACAAGCGCCCGUUCGCCAUCGCCCCCAACGCGACUGGGAACAUGCCACGAUCAAUGUCGUUCGAGCCAGGUCGCCCGAUGGCGGAGGUCUCGAAUGAGCAGUAUAACCACUACCCGCCCCAGCUGCCGGCUACGCCGCAGACUCCCACGAGCCAGUACCAGCCGUAUAGAGCCGCCGGAAGCGCGGGCAGCAGCGGCAAGCAAAGACCAAAACUGCCGCCGUUGUUGCCGCUUUCUGCGCUGCCGACGCCACACAAGAUGGGCAAGGACGACUUCCUUGCGUCACCGACCGCGUUCGCGCCGCCGUCGUCGCGCAAGCGCGGACCGGCUUCGGCAGUUGGAUCGCCGGUGUCGAGCCCGACUAUCGCGCAGCGAGAGUGGGCGGGCGUGGAGCUGCGGUCGAUCCCGUCGCCGCACAACAUCCGCUUGUCGAAGACGUACAGCGAGAUGGAGUACCUGCCUCAGGCGCGAUACAACCCGACGCCGCAGGUCGACACACUUGACCUGCACCAGAUGCAGCACAGACAGCAGAUGGCGAGCGGGCGACCGGUGAGCCAGCUGCCGAGGACACUGGUGGGACAUAAAAACGAGAUGGAGGACGCAUUGAGACCGAGCUGGGACAUGCGCCAGAGCGAGCUCAAGUUCUAGAUGUAAAUGAGAGUUAGCAGAAGUGUACGAGAAGAGAGAUGACGACAGGGAGAGGGAAUGAUUGGUGAUGAUGCAUACAGUAGUGAAGAACGAGCAGCAUUGAUGUGUAAAUGUCUAUUUUGUGUAUUUAGUUGAUAAUGAUCUACAGUCAUUUUGUAUUUUAAAUGUGUCGAGAUAUAUUCUUUGGAUGUUUGUUUACA